AUUUGAGGAACGAAAGAAAUGACGAUCAUCCGAACAUCACCUUUCUUUGCUUUCUUAGCACUGCUAAUGAUUGAAUCAGCAGCAGGCCAGGCUCUGGUGAAACUUGGCUGUCAAAAGUUUUGUGGGAAUGUCAGCAUUCCAUACCCCUUUGGAAUCGGAACAGAUUGCUACAUGAGGAAAUGGUUUGCGGUCACCUGCAAUGAGUCUUUCAAUCCUCCUAGAACUUUCCUAACCAGCAGAGAAAUUGAGGUACGGUCUUUAUCUCUUGUUCCCAGCGUUCUUGACGUCAAUCUCCCCACAACCUCCCCGGUAGAUCUUACAGAAUGGAAACCUUUGGAUCUUUCUGGAAGUCCUUUUAUGUCCGUCAGGAGAACGUCCCCCGAUGAGGGAUAUGUUCCAGGCGUGUUAGAAUGGGCGAUUACUGAUGAAGAUGUAUCACAAUUACCACAUUCAAAUGAGAAUGCAUUUAAUUGUUCCCAGUUUAAUAGUACUAAUGAUAUUAUUCGUUAUGAUAUUGAUGAAUGCAAGGACCCUCGGUACAAUUCCACGUGUUUUGCGGACUCAAUUUGUGUAAACAAGAUAGGGGGCUACGCUUGCGAACCCAAACGAGGCAAAAAAGCCUGGCCAAUAAUUUUGGGCAUUAGCGUAGGGUUUGGAGUAGUCUGCUUACUUAUUGGUGCAUACUGGUUGGCAAAAGUUUCAGACUUUGGGACAUCAAGAUCAAUUGCCAUUGAUCAAACUCAUUUGACCACAAAUGUUCAAGGCACAUUUGGGUACCUAGACCCUGAAUAUUACCAAUCUAGUCAAUUUACAGAAAAGAGUGAUGUUUAUAGUUUUGGCGUUGUCCUUACUGAGCUCUUAACAGGAGAGGAACCAAUUUCUUUAGCAAGGGCAGAAGGAGGAAGAAGUUUGGCCUCUCAUUUCAUUCAUUCCAUGGAAGAGAAUCGUCUCUUUAGUAUUCUUGAUGCUCGAGUUAGGGAGAGUUCUGCACAUGAAGAGAUAACAAAGGUCGCUAAACUUGCACUUCGAUGCUUGAGCUUGAAUGGUAAAAAGCGGCCAAAGAUGAUAGAAGUUGCUGCAGAGUUAGAGCAGAUUCGUCUUUUGCAAAACAAUUCAAAUGGUCAACAGAAUCAUGAAGAGGUUAUAUAUGUCAAAAGUGAAGUAACCAAUCUCCGGGAUGGUACCUCGACAUCAAUAGGCUCAGGUUUGGACUCUGGAGCUUCUUUGUCCAUAGAUAUGCAGCCAUUAAUUUCCAAUAAAUCACGGGGAUUUAACUGAUUUAUCCUAGAAUGCAUUUAUUCCAUGUUGAGGAACAUAAUAAGCUCUUUCUUUCUUUAGUGUUAGAAAAUUUGUAGUUCAUCUAAUUUUUAUUUUUGUUGCUUUGUAGUUUAAAGUUCAAAUAAAGUUUAUGCACUGCU